AUGGAUCUUGCGAUUACACUGGUCAAGUCGGUCAUGCGGGCCUUCUAUCAAACCCGCGAAAUACUCGUUAUCGACGCACUCAUUCUCCAUGAAGCCCUUCGAGACGAUGAUUUGGCAUACCUGAUGUCUAUCAACACAAAGGAUCUUCACAAGAUUUGCGGUAAACUUCGCGAAGAUAGAUUCCUAGUCGUACACACACGAUCCGAAUUGCGAGAAGGCAACCCUAGACCGAGCAAUCGAACGUGGUACUAUAUCGAUUACCGCAGUACAAUCGACGCAAUCAAAUGGCGUGUCUACAAUAUCGACAAAGAAGUGCAGGGAACCACACAAGUGGCGAGUGAGAAGAAAGAAUACUUUUGUUCCCAUUGCAAAGCAGAGUGGACGGCCAUGGAGGUUUUGGACAACGUCGGCCCACAGGGCUUCCUAUGCCAUCGCUGUUCUCAUGUUCUCACCUUUGAAGCCGAUCGAACAUCCACUGGCCAUGAGCAGUCUACACGACUCAACGACCAAUUUAAAUUUAUAAGCGAACUUCUACCCAAAAUCGACGCGGUACAUAUCAACGAGUGCGACUUCGAUCGUGCGCUUGCAAAGGCUCGCCCAGUCAAGCGUGACGAAACACACCAACGAGCUCAAACAAUUGCAGCAGACGCCGGCGCAAACCGACCCAUGGCGGUUAAGGGCCUGACGAACACAGGGCCGCAAUCCAUCGCAGUCAACAUCUCAACAUCCGAUGGCCUCACAGAAGCCGAGAAAGCAGCAGAGCAGGCGCGAAAAGAACAAAUUGCAAAACAAAAUGCACUGCCAUCUUGGAUGUCCAAUAGCACAGUUACUGGCGAGUCUUUCUCAGCCACAGCAGAUCGACCGGCCAAGCGAGUGAAGAUGGAGGAAGAGGCUGGUAAAGAUUCAGCACCAGCUGCACCGGCUGCGGCCAACGCCCAGAUAGACGACAUAUUCGAAAUGAUCAAAGCGGAACAAGCUGCCAAACAAGCCAAGGAAGAGUCAGGGGAAGACGAUGAAGAGGACAGCGAGGAAGAAAUCGAGUUUGAAGACGUAGGGCUUUCCUAA